CAACGGUCAGCUCACUCAGCUCAGCUCAGCUCAAUGGGAGUUCGAUCGCGCAGCUCCACUUCCGACACCACCACACGGCUGAAGAGAGAAGAUUUCCGCCGCACCAAACACGACUCUGCUUUCUCCCAUUGGAAGAUUCUAAUAGGAGCUUUCGAUUGGGAAGACCUUUCGAUGGGAAAAGAAGGAGUAGAAAGGUACAGGACGCAAAACCUCCCCAACUGGACUUCAUGUCCAGGAGUUUAUGAGCUCGGGGUUGCACAAUCUGGAAAAGAAACCAGAAAACUGGACUCAGCUUCUGUCAUUCCCGUUUAUCUUGGACAGGCCGAUAAUCUUAGGAUCAGACUGCAGCAGUAUGGCCGUGACGGUGCCCAUUUGGAAAAUGGAUGUGCAACUAGCAAGACCGUUAAUUGUUGCCAAAGUGUUUCUGCUCAUAAGGGACUCAGAUUGUUUACAGAUAUAUUCUCAAGAGGGCUGCCAAUCGUUUAUAGAUGUGCUCCUAUGAAAAGUAAGAAAGACGCCGAGAUAACUGAGAAACAGCUGCUUGACAGAUUUGAUUAUGCGUGGAACAAAGGCAGCAAUGUUUCACGCCGCCAAGAUGAUAUCUACAAAAAACUUGAACGCCUUGAAAAAGGAUCCAAGUUUUCUCUUCUUGCUAAAAAGUUUCUCUUCUCCAAUCAGAGGGAAGUGGGCAUUAGAAUCACGAACGGCUCUAAUUUAAGUGGAACGGGUAAUAGUACAAUAUUCUCGAGAAUGCUUGGAGUUAGGAGGUUGCAGGCAAGACCAGUACAAUCUGAUUGUGGUGAUAAUAUUUGUGGAGUUGCCACUGGUCUCGGAUCUGUUUGCACUUCAUCGCCAGUUGCAGGAAGAAAACGAUGUGCUGUGCACAAAGGGCUGAGAAUCAACGGCUAUAGUUUAAAGUUGGAUACAAAAGUAAGUCUCCCUCGUAAUGCAGCCAGCCUGAAAUCUGGUGUAGAAACCGAUCAAGAGUUUAACGAUUUUCAAGAUCAGACACGGAGAUAUAUCACAGAGAACCAUCAUCGUUGUGAGAAAGCCACUAGCAAAAGGUUUAACCUCACUUGUGGAUUUAUUUUGGAAGAUGGCUCUCCUUGUAAAAGAUGCCCUGUUCAAGGAAAUAAAAGGUGUUUGGAGCAUAAAGGAAGGAGGAUCCGCAGAUCCAAACUAAGCUCGUAGAUGAAGAAUUAUGGGAACGUUGCAUAGUUAUCAGUCGACUUAGUUAACCAACGCAAAUUUUUCAACUCGUAAGCUCUGGUAGACAGCCGAUUGUUGGAAAGAUUGACUACAUACUUAGAUAUGAAAUCGAUGCAGCGAUGGAAAGGUUCAUAAUGAGAACGAAAUUGAUCAGAGCUGCAGAAAUAACACUUAGACCGACUUCAUUUUGUGCGAAAUUGCACGUUGAGGAGGAUGAGGGUGUCAUGUAUGAAGGGCAAAUUCCAGAAUGUUGUAUUUAAUUGGAAAAAUUUGUUGUAAACUUGUAACAAUAUUAAGAAGAACAAGUCUUCUUGAGUUUCCCUGUUUCCGGCUGAAUUUUGAGGA